AUGGACAUCAACAGCUUCAUGAGUGGUUUCAACGGUUCGACGUGGGAUUCACAGUUUCAGCAGCUGCCACAACCGAGCUCCUCGAGUACCAGCCGCUACCAGCCAAACGAGUAUGCACUCGACGGUCGCAGUGCCAACCACGGGUUCAGACCGAUACAAAGCUAUGGUCCCCCUUCCAACAUGGCUCGUCAUGUCUCACCAAUGCAACACACAGGUCGAGCUCAAUCACUAGUGUUCGGCCAUAUUGGAGCUCAUGCUAUUCCGUCCGUUCCAUUGUUCCAAGAGAUGUCUGAGGAAACAACUUUCACUGCACCAGUGCAGCAGAGUGCGCCUCCAGGACGCGGCGCCACUCAACCCCUCGACUGGACGGCAAACAAGGCACUGAUCGAAAAGUAUUACCUCGAGGAGAACAAUGAUCUCAAGACGACAAAGCAACUCAUGGAGGGGCAUAAUUUUUCGGCCACCGAGAGGCAAUACAAGGAGAAGUUCAAUGAAUGGGGCUUCCACAAAUACAUCCCAAACAAUGUAGCGCGAUACAUGGAAGCCAAACUGGACAAGCGCAAAAGCGAGGGGCAGAGGACAGUCAUCCGCAUGUCUGGGCAGCGGGUUGAAGAGGCGCAGGUCCGCAAAGCGGCACAAAGAGGGAAGAAAAGGCUCAGGGGACAAGCUGAUGACAUCAUUGUGACUACUCCGUCUUGGUUCGACAUCAGCACACCCUCGAACCCCUCAGACUCCCCUCACGAGACAUUCACGGUCCAGUCAGCCAUCCUCUCGCCCUCGGAAUGGCACCGACAGCCCACUGGCAUCGAAAGAAGCCAGCGACGUCCGGCCCCGACCUUGACAGAGACCGGCGGAGAUCAAUACUAUACCAUACGAGAAGAGGCUGAAAGACUUGAUCGUCAAGGGCGCGUUGAAGAGGCCCAGAUCAAAUACCAGCGAGCGCUUGAUGGCUUCAAGCGUACUUUGCCCCGAAUGCACGAUGACACGGUGUCUCUUGCGUACGACCUGGCAAGAUUCUACCACAAGCACAGCCAGUUUGGUGAGGCGACCUCCGUCCUCCACUGGCUCAACAAGAGCGCCGCCGAAGCAUGGGGGCUUGGGGAUGUGCGGUUCACAAAGCACAUGGAUGAGGUGGUGAGCCUGCUUGAACAUUCCGACCGAGCUGCAGAUGCUGUACAGCUUGUUGAGCGGUUGGCCGCGACCAUCUCUACAGAAGAGAUCAGACCGGCUUCGGCUCUUAGCGAACCUACAGAGGUUCGCUCCGCCGAGUAUAAUCUGCUCCUCACUCGUGUCCAGGUGAAAGCACGGCACCCGGAAGCCGAGAGCAACCUGCGUAAACUGAUACAACAAUGCAGCCAAGUGCUGGAACGGCUCCCCGGGCAAUCUCUCCGAGCUCAGUCUACCUUGAUCGAACUCUACUUCUCCGUUGGGAGCGAAAGACGCCAGGCAGAGGAGCUUGACAAUGCCGAGAGAAAGUUCUGGGUGAUCGCGAGACUGAACUGCACCUGGUCGAAACCCCUUUGCCAUGCCGCACUCGAGCUUGUCUCAAAGCACAUCGCAGCUGCGCGCUACAAGAGUGCGGAGAUGAUGCACAACAAGAUAGCUGCGAAUGCGGAGAAGGCAUUCGGUGAGUGUGGCGAAGAAACCAUCCAGCUCCUGAUCGACAUUGGCAUUCAGUACCAGAAGUCACACGCGUGGCACUAUGCGAAGCCAUUCUUCCAGCAAGCCUGGUCGGCAUGCAUGUCGGCGUAUGGCGUCAAUGAUGAACGGUCGCUCAAGUUGGAGAAGAGUUUGGAAAAACCAGCAUUAUGA